AUGGCUGAGACACAUGAAAUUGUGGCUAUCAAGAAAUUCAAAGACAGUGAAGAAAAUGAAGAAGUCAAAGAAACCACUUUACGAGAGCUUAAAAUGCUUCGCACUUUGAAACAGGAGAACAUAGUGGAGCUGAAAGAAGCCUUCAGAAGAAGAGGAAAAUUAUACUUAGUUUUUGAAUAUGUGGAAAAAAAUAUGCUUGAAUUGCUAGAAGAAAUGCCAAAUGGAGUUCCACCAGAAAAAGUGAAAAGCUAUAUAUACCAGCUAAUUAAAGCAAUUCACUGGUGUCAUAAGAAUGAUAUUGUUCAUAGAGAUAUAAAACCAGAGAAUCUCUUAAUAAGCCACAAUGAUGUUCUGAAGUUGUGCGACUUCGGCUUUGCUCGUAAUCUCUCAGAGGGAAGCAAUGCUAACUAUACAGAAUAUGUGGCUACAAGAUGGUACCGCUCUCCUGAACUCUUGCUUGGAGCCCCCUACGGAAAGGCCGUGGACAUGUGGUCGGUGGGCUGCAUCCUGGGCGAGCUGAGCGACGGGCAGCCCUUGUUCCCCGGCGAGAGCGAGAUUGACCAGCUCUUCACCAUCCAGAAGGUGCUGGGCCCCCUGCCAGCCGAGCAGAUGAAGCUCUUCUACAGCAACCCUCGCUUCCACGGCUUGCGGUUCCCUGCAGUUAAUCAUCCACAGUCUUUGGAGAGAAGAUACUUAGGAAUUUUAAGUGGUGUGUUACUUGACCUUAUGAAGAACUUACUAAAGCUAGAUCCAGCAGAUAGGUAUUUGACAGAGCAAUGUUUGAACCAUCCUUCAUUUCAAACUCAAAGACUCUUGGAUCGCUGUGGAAGUUCACCUUCGCGGUCAACCAAGAGGAAACCUUACCAUGUAGACAGCAACACGUUGUCUAACAGAAAUCAAGCCAGCAAAAGUUCUGCCUUGCAGUCACACCACAGAUCAAACAGCAAGGAUAUACAGACUCUAGGGGUUGGCCUGCCAAGAGAAGAGGGUCUUCCAGCAAAUGAAAGCUUUUUAAAUGGGAACCUUUCUGGAGCUGCACAUAGCCCAAUGCAUGCAAAAAAAUCAAGCAACCCACCCGGGUCUGGCAACAAGGAUCUAGCCAAUAAUAACAUGCCACAUCUUCUUAGUCCAAAGGAAGCAAAAUCAAAAACAGAAUUUGAUUUUAAUGUGGAUUCAAAAAGCUCUGAUGGUCCUGGUACGAAAUACCUGAAGUCAAACACCAGAUCUCAGCAGAAUCGGCACUCAUUUAUGGAAACUUCUCAAAACAAGACUGGGACGCUGCAACCCGGUGACAAGCAUAGUCGCCACAGCUAUAUCGACACUAUUCCACAGUCUUCUAAGAGUCCUUCGUAUCGGACAAAGUCGAAGAGCCACGGGGUUCUGACCGACUCCAAAUCCGUGGGCAAUCUCUCUGAGGCCAGGGCUCAGGCUGCGGAACCAAACAACAGCAGGUAUUUUCCAUCCAGCUGCAUGGACUUGAACUCCCCCACCAGUCCCACUCCUCCCCGCCACAGCGAUAACAGAACUUUGCUCAGUCCGUCUGGGAGGAACAACCGCAGUGAGGGCACCCUGGACACCCGAAGACCCUCAACAAGACACUCCAAAACAAUGGAAGAGCUAAAACUGCCAGAUCAUGCGGACGGAAGCCAUUCUCACUCGCUGUCUGCUCCACACGAAUCUUUUUCCUAUGGUCUAGGUUAUACCAGUCCUUUUUCUUCACAGCAGCGCCCUCAUAGACACUCUAUGUAUGUGAGCCGGGACAGAGUGAGGUCAAAGGGCUCAGAGGGUGGCUUAAACGUAGGGCAAGGGAUGGCAGCCAGAGCAAACAGCCUGCAACUGUUAUCUCCACAGGUGCAGCAUAAGUCACUCACAAGGUCUGUUGGCUCCUCACGAGAAGACUGUACAGAAGAUGCUAAUAGGGGUGGAACAUAUCAUGAUCCACACACAGAAGAUGGAGCAUCUACUAAAGAAAAUAGAAUUCUCUAUAAUGACCCUGUUCCAAGAAGAGUUGGCAGCUUUUACAGAGUUCCAUCUCCGCGUCCAGAGAGUACAUACCUAGAAAACAAUGUGUCAAACAGAGCCCCUGUGUUACCAGCAGACAGCAGCACGGUGGCAAACCACUCAAAGAGACAAACCACCUUUGAUACCUGGAAAAGUCCUGAAAAUCUUAACAGUCACUCUGAACAGCUCAAGGAGAAAGAAAAGCAAGGUUUUUUCAGGGCAAUAAAAAAGAAAAAGAAGAAAUCUCAAACUACAGACUCAACCAACGGGGAGAAUCCAAGCAUCAAGAAAUCCCUCUUUCCUCUUUUUAAUUCAAAGAAUAAUUUAAAGCAUAGUUCCUCUUUGAAAAAGCUUCCUGUAGUCACUCUACCCAUGAUGCCUAGUAGUGAUGGUCAGGAUCUUUUGGCAUUGCAGAAAGCCAUUCACACUUCUAAUCACCAGAGCAGCAGGCAGAAGGAUUGGCAUCCCGAGAAGAUGACAGAAAUCCAGCCUCAUAACCAGCCAUUAAAAUCUCUUCGGAAGCUGUUACAUCUGUCCUCCUCAAACCACCCUGUCCCCGCCGAGCCUCGCUUCCAGCCCUUGCCGAGUCAGCCAGCCAAAGCCUCCUUCUCUGAAGUGCGGAUUCACCCCAUGAGCCAGAGCUCCAGCAGCGGCAGCAGCAGCGCGCGGCAGGAGCCUCAGCCCAAGAGCCGGCCCACGCUGCAGCUCCCCGGGCAGCUGGAGCCCGCCUGGCACGUGGCGCCCGCGAGCAGGGGCGCCAGCGACGGGCCGCCCUACUCCGACCAGCUGCCUGCCAAGAGCGGGCAGAACGGGCCCGCGUACAACCGAACAAACCGAGCCCGCAUGCCCAAUCUGAACGAUCUGAAAGAGACGGCCUUGUAG